UGUUACAAUCGUAGUAUUUGGUAGUUACUCUACAGUAACCAGAAUAGGCUUAUAAGCGGCCAGAAUGGACUUCAAAAGACCUUUGGCUGGAGUAACCUCAAUGUCGAUGGUUCCUUUGCCUAGCAAGAAACCUCGAAAAGAUGGUUCAAGUUUGGGAAUCACCGCAUUUGGCAAUGGGAUGUACAAGUUAAAUUCCCAGAUCAUACCAACAGGACAGGCGGGAAGUAUUCCCCGUACAUCAAAUUUACUGUCACCUAAUAUGCUUUUAAAUGGCCAUGAAAGUGAAGUGUAUUGUGGCAAAUUUUCUUCUGAUGGAUCAUUUCUUGCAAGUGCUGGAUUUGAUCGCCGGAUACUAUUAUGGGAGACGUAUGGUGAAUGCGAAAAUAUUGCAACGAUGAUGGGUAUGUGCGUUAGUCUGUAUGUCACCAUCAUCCCUUAAUGAUGGUAAAUCAGUCGAUGAGGUAAUUCUUCACCGACUAAGAUGGUUGGGCCACGUGUUACGUAUGCCUGAACAUCGAUUACUACAACACGCAAUGCUGACUAGUGUUGGAGACUGUUGAAAGAAAAUUAGGGGCGGCCAAACCAAAACAUGGCAUUAAUGCUUGAAGUCAUUAACUUCUAGUCUAAGCCAUGUUGGUAGAUGCAGACUACUUGGUUGGGGUCUGCGUGUCUGUCGUAACCAAUGGUUGGAGACUGUGGAUGACAUGGCUCGGAAUCGAUCACAAGCGCGUAGGUGUAUACACUCUGUCUUCCAUUAAACCGUGAGAUUAAAAUUGCUUUAUAUCUUACUUUCUACGAACUAGUUCUUUCGUUGUGUACUACAUCCUUAUAUGCAAUCGUUUUAUUUUAUACAUUACUACUAUUGAAUUAACUACUAUGAAUUUGGUGUUCAUCUUGUUGUGCUAAUGAGGUUUGGCAGUUUGGACCGAUGUAUAUAUGUGCCUGGUCCUACGUUGUAGCUGAUUGACUGACUACACGUCACAUUCACUUAAAAGGGUUGAAUAAUCUCACAUUUCACACCACUGUAUUUAAAGCAUUUCUUGAAUCUAUAGCUAUAAAGUUAAAAGUUGGUUAGCUUUACCGAUGUUUUACUCCUAUAAAUAUUUCUUAGUGAGAUGUUAUCUGUAUGUACUAGGAAAAAUCACUUCUACUUGUAAACAUAGGGUUGGUUCAGUUUUACAAGAGGGUUAAUAAGAAACGUUAAAUAUGCUGUCCGUUGUUGUUUAUCUACGAAUGUUCUUCAGGAAACAUACAGUUUUAAUUUCCGGUAAUUUAGAAAUCUGAUAAAAGCUACUAAUGCUCUUAUGAACGAGAACUCAGAUGAGGAAAACAAACUUAUUCCUUAUGCAAAAUGACAGUGCUUUCGUAAAAUAUGAAAACCAUUUAUUAAAUACAUAAUUUGUACGUCUUUUUUGCAUUGCCCUUUACGUACUCCAUUAUUCUUCUAAUUCUGUUGUUAUUUCGAUUAUUUUCCGAUUUCAUUUCUGAUCCCUUCACUUCAAUCUUGUGCUUCCAGGCACUCCACUCUCGUUUGCGGCUACAUACUACUGUCAGCAUAAGUAGCAUACGCCACACUACUACUACUACCACCAUAUAAUAGUAAUAAUAAUACUACACAUAUAUACCACACAUACAUAAUAACAGGAUAAUAAAAAUAUCAGUAAAGAGAUCGAAAGAUAUCAAGUCGCUAAAUAUUUGAUUUUUUUUGUCUCGUACAUCAGAGGACUAAUCACGUUUCAGUUAUCAUUAUAUCAUAGUAAUGGUUUAAAUGUUACUGUUUAAUCUAGACAAGAAUCAGGAAAGUUAUAUUUCUCAUUAAUAAAUGGACUGUUCGUUAGUAUAUUAUUGUUACCAGUAUAUCAUGAAUGUCAGCACUUCAAUAUUAUUUCAUACUUUUUAUCCCUCGAGUUCACUAGUCUUUCUCCUCAAUGUUUGAUCUUCAUAAUAAUUGAUACUACUGUUAUUUCGACUACUUUUCGAUUUCUCUCAGUGAUAAUGUGGUAUAGGAACGGGCUGAUACAAUCGUACCAGGCUCUGUAUUGGUUUAUGGAGGCCUGUUUAACAGAGUUUUCAUAGUGUACGUGAGAUUGGUUCUUACUGCUAUCAUAUUUCUUAAAACAAUUAGGGUGACUUGAUUUUCGGUUUCGUUUAUUUACUCCAAAAGCAGUUGCAAUAAUUUGUUUCAUGUAUAUUUGAAGAUAUGAUGAAACAAUUAAGCGUUAAAGCGAAGUCAUUACUGAACUACUUAAAAAGUAAAUUCGAAUUGUAAUAAAGUUUUGAAGGUGCUUAUGUAUGAUCAGUUCGUUCACUAUGCUAAUAUUUCGCAACCUUGAUUUCAGUGUAGCGAAUGAGACUUCUAUUUUCUUCUUCUCUAACCCUCUUACUAGAGCAAAGAGACUAUUUCAGUAGUGGAAGCUUUUUUGAUGAUGACCUCAGUAUAGUUCAAUACCUAAAAGUUUGAUAUAGCAGUCAAUUUCAAGAAUUUGACUAAAAUGUAGGAUUAUAUGACACUAAACUCACGGUAAUCAGCUAGACAUUUAACCUGUUGGUGAGAUGUCAUUGUAAUACAGUUCUUUGAAAAUUAGUCAGUCAUAUGAAACGUAGAAUCGGGAACUUAUAUUAUUGGUUCAAGUUACUUCACUCGAUUGGGGCAGCGAGAUGUAAUUGUCAGGGCAAAUAUUAGAGCUCCCUAUGUCUAUCACUGUUUAUGCAUGAUGAGUAUUCCCGAAGUUUUAGGAAUCAGACUAUUCUUCUUUUUCUUCUUCCUAUUGUUAUUAUUAUUCAAACACAAACAUUGCUACAAAGGGUCACCAAAAUAUAUACGCGCCACACAUAUAAAUAAACUUUUGUGUGGGCUGAGGUGGUGUCCGAGUUCCCACACCGAAGCAGGUGGUUUUCUUAGGGAGUCACUCUCUGGGUCUUCGAUCUAAAGAUGUAAUCCACAAGGCAGUGGAGCAACGUUAGAAGAUGUAGUCCCAUGAUAGCCGGUGACCAGCGACAGUUUUAUAUACCAUUUGUUCCCUCAGGAUCCUGGGGCCUGUGUGCACUAUUCAGUUGGGAUCAGGGUUUUCCAACUCCCCUAGGUGGGUCCUCCGUGCCCAUCAAUCUGUUUUGGGUGUCAGACAUUCACUUUUCUUCCUCUGAAUUUCGUAAACAACAGUGAAUAGGACCUCCCUGUCAUUGGCUGUAUAUGAAUGGCCAUAUGAGAGCAUUUCGAGAGGGAGAGCGGACUCUUCUUACUGUCGACCGUACCAGGGGGUUUCGGAGGAAGAACUGUUUAUACUGAUCAGAUGAAAUUAUUUAGAAACAAAAUCCUAUUUUAUUAGAUACUUCCCAAAUAAACCUUAUAGCUCUCAUCUGUUUGUCACUUUGACUUAAUUGUCAAAAAAUAUUGAUUGAUCAGUAUGUAUAGUGUCUUUCUCUUUACAUCACUUUAUCUUCUACCGUAUGUUCUAGUACAGUUCAUUCAGUUUUCAUCUUUUUUUCUACCUUUUCUCAGGUCAUGGGGGUGCUAUUUUGGAUUUAGUGCUUUCUUCAGAUGAUUCGGUCAUCUAUACUGCUAGUUCAGAUAAAUCUAUCGCCUUAUGGGAUACUGAAAGUGCCCAACGCAUUAAAAAGUUCAGAGGUCAUGAGAAUAUUGUUAAUUCAUGUGCAGUUGCCAGACGUGGUCCUCAACAUGUGUGUUCCGGUUCGGAUGAUGGGACAAUUCGUCUGUGGGAUCGGCGACAAAAAGCCUGUGUACAAACAUUUCAAAACACAUAUCAGGUUAGGUAACGUUAAAAAUCUUUGGUUACAAAUCUAGUUAUUAUCGCCUCAAAUUCUAGUCCCAUAAUUUAUGUUAUCGUUGAGUUUAAUAUCUAGUUUGUUGUUUUCAUCAUAAUUGCGACGAAGGUUUAAUCCUGGUGUUUCAUAUAGUGACUUUUACUCUAUGCUUAUAUGGUGUCACAUACUAGAUAAAGACGGUCAUCCAGUGUUUCCAGGUUUUUAAUGGUGAUCUAACAUUGACCGGUUCAUGAUCUUAAUCAAAAUAUAAAUACCGCUAGAUUAUUCGUUAAACUAUCUUGAAGGAACUUAGUGGGCAAAGUGCUUAUUUGGGAACAUUCUUCACAGUUUAUAGGAAAAUCUUAAUGCUAAUCACUUGGAAAUACAAUAUAUUAUUAAAUAAUCAUCGAUAUACUUCACUAGUUAAUUUAAUAGAUCCAACUGUUAACUAGACACUUAGAUCUUAUUUCAACCAUCAAUUAUAGUAUUCUAAUGUUUUCUGCACUAGAAAUACAUAUAUAUUUUAUUUUCACGCUACAGUUUUGCAAAGCAGCUGUUAACCACAAUUCAUUUGGUAUUAUUUUUGUUUUAUGAAGUCCAAUUAACCUCAUAGAGUAAUGAGGUUUUUAGAGCCUAUUAGUUUUUAUAAAUUAUUUAUAUAGAGUAAUUUUUUAUAGCAUCACCAAAAUGAACGGCUUGGCUAUAUUCUCAAUAGUCUGAAAUGAUCGAGAUUUCUAUAUUUUAGACAAUUCGACGUCGACCUAGUGUUUCUAAUGGUGAUUAAGCAUGUUUGGCUCGAAGCUUGGAAAUCAUGAGUUCGACCACUUGUGGGAUUGUUGGUGGGCACUGCCAAGAAGUUUCAUGCUAAGAUACAACAAAUGUCCAGUACUUCCUAGUUUUCUGUGGGAUCUUAAUUGAAAUCAAUUUGUGACAAAUUCAAUGUACAAAUUAUUUUAAAAGUACUUAGUUUUAAGAUCACUGUAUACGACAAUAUUCUAGUUUGAAGUUAUAUGCACUAAAAAUAAGAAUCACUAUUUUUGUAGUUUUAGCGUAUUUGAUCUAUUCUAUCCUACUAUUUUACUGUAGUUGAUUUGUCUGUCGCACUGAAUGAUUUUAUGUCGUCUUAUUAAAAAAUACUAAUACUUAUUAGGAUUCACUUGUAUUCGCGUGAAGAGCUGCUUACAGAAUGAACAGUGAGUAUCGGAUUCCAUCACUGGUUGUUAAUCCGGCAAUUUAUUAUUUUUAUUUCAACACAUAAAUAUCGGUACAAGAGGGCACCAAAUAUAUAUGCACCACACCAUAUUUGUGUGUGUGUGGGCUGUGAUACUGCUCGGGUGCUCAGACCGAAGCAGGUGGUUUUCUUAGGGGGUCACACCCCGAGCCUUUGACCUAAAGGUCUGAUCCACAAGGCAGUGGAACAUCCUGAGGAGAUGCAUUCCCAUGAUAGCCGGUGACCAGCGAUUGGUUCAUACGCCAUUUGUUCCCGUAGGAUACUGGAGCCCAUGUGCACCAUUGGUUUGGGAUCCGGUUAAAGCGCCGGACAUUAGCUUUUCGUCCUCUUAUUUUCGUAAACAAUCAUAUCAUAAAGAAAACUGGACUAUUGAGAAUUAUUAUGAAGUAGUUGUUAUCCUUGCUGGUGUCGAUCAGUUCAAUAUAGGCAAUCCAUAAAAAGAAAUGAAAAGUCCUACUGACAUUAUAUUUCUCGUAAUUUCUAUACUCUGUGAAGCUUGUUUUAAUUACUUAGAUCAUGUAAUUGUUUAAAUAAACAGAGUAUCAUUCUUUUCUAUCAUUUGAACUGAAUACGUUUAACAUAUAUUAGUAUACUUUUGAUUGAUCAGUCUUAUUUGAACCUUUUUAUAUAUUUCAUUAGGUUCUUUCAGUUACUUUUAGUGAUACUGCUGAAAUGAUAUUUUCCGGGGGCAUAGACAAUGUUGUUAAAGGUUGGGAUUUACGAAAAUUGGAAGCUAGCAUGCUACUUAAUGGACAUACGGACACAGUUACUGGUUUGUCAGUAAGUCCAGAUGGGUCGUUUUUACUUUCUAACUCUAUGGACAACACAUUACGUAUGUGGGAUAUUCGUCCAUUUGCUCCAACAGAUCGGUGCACAAAGGUUAGUUUUAAAAUUGCGAUAAUGUGACAGUUAUAGUAUCAAUCUUUCAUGAUUAUAUGAUGAAAGAUGUUAUUAUAGCUUAAUAUGUUCAGCCGAUUAUCUGGUUAUGGCAAUAAGUUUUUAUGUCUAAUUAAACUCUGUUUUUGGUAUUUAAUCGUGUAUAUUGUUAGUGUAAUGAAUAAUUACAGUAUAUAAUAGAGGAAUAUUAAGUCACAUGUAACAAAACACUCAGGUGAUGAAUUAUUAUUUCUACCAAGUAUUUAUGAUUUCCAACUUUACUCCGUUUCACCAUAGGUGACGUUAUACCGUCGUGACGUCAGAUUUUUAAGGUUAAAAAUCUCAUUCGAUACAACAUAUGAUUUAAUAAUACAAUCCUACUAAUUAAGCACAACUUCGUAGUUUUAAGUCACACUUACUGUUCGACGGCUAAAGUUAUUAUCCAGGUAAUCGAGCCAAAUCAGGUGGAGCAGUUUAUUCUUAUGAAUCAUAUAUGUGGAAGUCUAGUCUUCAGGUCAGUUAGGCGCAGGUCUUACCUCAUUAGUGGUCAGUAGUACCAUGGAGAGUUAAAUUCAUGUUUACCAGAAAUUUUUAUAGUUUUUAUCUAGUUUGGACAGUUAUAUUGUAUGGUAAAUUGUGCUUUUUCACUCAAAAUGAAUCUCAUUACACAUAUGGUUUUUGGAUAUUAGCAUAUUGUUUGUUUCGGCACAAUCAUUAUGUACGUAAAUACCUCAUCUUUAGAGCUUCAGUUCAACAGUUUGGUUAUCAAAUCGUCAAUUGUGGUGUCAACAGUUCCCAGCUUUACUCAGAUCGUUUUAUUUUUGACACUCAACUGACAACAUUGGACUUCAUACAAGGAGUGUAACCUUCAGUAUAGAUUAACAGACCGUACUUGAUCUCAUGUUUUAUUGUUAUCAUUUAAUGAUCAUUUACACGGCCGUGAAAUGAGUCGCAUAGUAAUAUAUUCCACAAAACCCUUAUUUGCAUGAAUAUCUGUAAAUUAGGUAAAAAAAUCGGCUAAAUAUAUUUAAGGAAAUCAUACAUGUAUGUACAUGUGUAUAUAGCUGAGCAUAUUUUUGUUGCUUCAUUCAGAUUUUUACGGGUCAUCAGCAUACAUUCGAGAAGAAUCUUCUUCGAUGUGCAUGGUCAGCUGAUAAUCGUCGUAUAACUAGCGGCAGUGGUGAUCGUUAUGUUCAUGUUUGGGAUGUAAACACACGCCAGUUAGUCUAUAAACUUCCUGGUCACACAGCAUCGGUAAACGAGACUGCAUUUCAUCCUACAGAACCAAUACUUUUAUCUGUUGGUAGUGAUAAGAAAAUCUUUCUGGGUGAAAUUUUGCCUUGUAUGUACUAAAAUUGUACAUUUUUUGAUAAAACUCAUUUUUCUGUAUAAAACGAAGUAAAUAUAUGUAAUAUACUCCUUGUUGUGUUAUUGUAUAAAUCAAUAUGAAUAUGACAGUCUUGUAUAAUUCUAUCCAAAAUUUAUCAGAAAUAAAAGAUAUUCCGAUUGUUUAUUGUUACAAUCACAUACGUUUCAAGUAGUUCUCAGUUUUGUACGGAUUUAUGAACAGGCAUACAAGAUACUUGCAUGUUCUAUGCUUUCUUUUUAUGUUGAAAAUCAGAACUAGUAGCUGAGUGAUGCCAAUUCUGACCGCAGAACUAGGUGUUAUGAUAUCGAAACCAUGGGAGUGCAUCAGUUCCCUAAAGAAUAGUCACAUUUUACUAAUAACUGUCAACCAACACAAUCUAUGUGCAAGGCUUCCUAUCUAUAUCAUCCAACCACUUAAACAAAAUGCAUUGUAAUGUCAAUUCAUUUGAUUUAGUGAUCAGGGUUCAUUUUAAUUGAUAGAAUUCCUGUAAAUCACGUUACUGUAAUUGCUAGGUGUAUAACUUCGAUCAUAAUAAUGAGUAAGAUAAAAAUCAAAUUCAUAACUGUAUAUAUUAUUAUUAAGAUUACCUUGAAUAUUUGUUGGAAAAACCCAUAUCAUAUUUCUCUU